CUGGAGGCUGAAGGCUGGUCGAAAUCUCAAAGGCGGACGUCCCCCUGGGCGCUAAUUGCGACCACAUUCUGCGAUCGAGGCGCAACAAUGAGGGGAGCCACGGAUCGCCAGGCUCUACGCCAUCAACCGCCGCCGACGCGCAUCCCCUUCCGCAUGCCAACCAAGGACAAUUUGAUUCCCAUUCGAUUGGAUGUAGAGGUUGAGGGGAGGAGGUUAAAGGAUGGAUUUACUUGGGAUUCCAAUGAGCACGAUUCGGAGAUUGUACCAUUUGCUCGGAGGCUUGUCAGAGAGCAGGGACUACCGGGUGCAUUUGUAUCUCCUGUUGUCCAGGCCAUGCAGUCCCAAAUUUCGGAGUUCCGAGCAUAUGAAACUCAUGAAAUAAGCAUGGAGGAGCGGCUUUACCAAUUGAAGCUGGAUUUAAGGGUUAACAACAUUGUGGUCAAGGAUCAGUUUCUUUGGGAUAUUGGGAACGUGGAAAGCGACCCCGAAGGUUUUGCCUUGCAAUUUUGCCAGGAUUACAAGAUUGCCGAUCCUGAAGUUGCACCAGCAAUUGCAGUGGCGAUCAGGGAGCAACUUUACGAGCUGAUCAAGCAAAGCGUUGCGGGUAGAGAGAGUCGCAUGACUAAAAAGAUCAGACGGGAACGAGGGUUGGAUCUUUAUGGCCAAGGAGGAAUAAAUGGUACAACUGCAUUGAAUCUGAUGAGAAGGCCAAACAACAAGUACUGUGUACAAAGAAAGAAGACUGAGUGGGAAGCGUGGGAACCAGUGGUGGAGGUGCUGAACGAGAGAGAGCUGGAGGCUCUGGAUGCGAGAGAUCAACGGAAUGCUCGGUACAAGAGAGAGAAAGACGAGAGGGAGGAGAUGUUCCCAAGGCGGUAUCGGUGAUGUCGAUCGUUGUCACACAUAAGAGAACAAUAUUGCCUAUCAGUGGACUGUCGAGCUGUUCGGCGGACACCAGUUGGAAGAAACAGGACUGAUAGAUGCGGCGAUUGUUAGGGUUGAUUUGGCAGAGUCCAUCUGUGCGAGCACUUCCCUGGAGGGCAUGACCGUUCGUUACAAGCUGUGCACUGCAUAAUGCACUGCCAUGAUCGGUGCCAUCUUUUUUCGUUCUUUCGUAGCAGUGUGCCGCCUUUCUCUCAGGAUGUGAACAGCAAUGGAUCUACAGGAUUGCGACAUGAAAGCACUGUUGUCGUGUCUAUGCAUGUGCAGGCCCGCUGAGUAGGUUGGUUCUUUCAUGACUGCGGGCUCUGAAGCCAGAUCCAGAUGGAGUUUUUCACAGAAUUGCCAGGGAGUAAUUUUCUCAAUAACUUGUCUCUUUUUGCUGUCCAGUGCUUGGGGAGCGGGGGGCUCAAGCGGUCACGGUUUAGGGUUGUUUAUUGAAUUUUGGCCUUGAUUUCGGGUUUAGGGCUUAGGAUUUAGGGUAGGUUCAAGGAAUUUUGGCCUUGCUUUCGGUUUCGGGUUGGUUUCGGGUCGGUUUUGGGUCGGUUUCGGAUCGGAUUCGGGUCGCAUUCGGGUCCGUUUAUGGUUGUUUUUAGGGUCGGUUUAGGAUCGGCUUAGGGUUGGCUUAGCGAUUGUCGAUCAUAAGGGCAUUCCAAUGGCUGUGUGUAUGCACAUGGUCAAGGAACAGGGACAAGUGCAAGCAAUCUAAGUGUAUAGGAGUUGACGAUCGUCUAUUGUGGGAGGCCCCUUUGCAAAUUCUUUGUUCUGAAACCCUCAAAUGAAAAUGUGCAAGUUUA